AACUGGGGGGGGGGGGGGGCUCUGGUGUCCCUGAGGCAGCUCACAUGCAUCUCUGUCUUCACUCAGGGCUGGUGCACGAGUGUCAGGAGGAGAAAGGCCAGCUGUGUUGCAGCAAAGGCCCUCCAGACACUCACCAUCAACCUGUUCCAUACCUGCAAUGGCACAGCAGGACAAAGUCUUGAAAGAGCAAGGUGAGAAGUCUCUCUCCCCAUAGUUCCUAUGGCAGCAGAGGGGAUGCCAAAGCAGACUUGUGCCUGCUGUGUCGCCGGGCAGAGGCAGAUCCGGACAUCUGUGGGAUCAAGAGGGUGAAGUUCAGGCUCUGUGUCCAUAUCUACUGCCAGUUCUUUGCCAGCGGGCUUUUUCCACAAGAGAACUCGGAAGAAUUUUUUGUUAGGGACACCAGACGCGUCAUCCAGGAGGCAGCCAAGAAGCAAGAUGGGGGCCACCAUCACUUGCUGGAAGACUGGGUGUGACCGCAGCUUCCACCUGCCCUGUGCUCCACAGGGUGAAUGCGUCACCCAGUUCUUCGGGCUCUACAGGUCCUUCUGCUGGGAGCACCGCCCGCGGCAGGCAGUGCAGGCCUGUCCAAGGCAGAACAACACCUGCAGCAUCUGCCUAGAUACCGUGGAAGACAAAACAUCCUACAAAACAAUGGUGUGCCCCGCGUGCCAAGAUGCCCACUUCCACCGGCCCUGCAUCCAGAGACUGGCUCUCCAUGCUGGCAUCUGCUUCCGCUGCCCAUGCUGCCAGAACCAAGAGCUGUUUCUGAUGGAAAUGCUCACCAUGGGGAUACGAAUCUCCAAGAGCAGACCUCCAUCAUGGGAGAGCGACCCAGCAGUCAGAGCAUUAGAUCAGAGGCACAGCCACUGCGACGCCAGCACGUGCCUUUGCCCGGGAGGCAGGAAGCACCCAGAGGAAGAGGGACCCUGGGAACUGCUCCUGUGCAGCUCCUGUGCUGCAGAGGGCACCCACCGACGCUGCUCCUCUUUGGAGAGCAGCACCAGCUCCUGGGAGUGCAAGGGCUGUGCUGGUACAGAGACUGCCUCCACUGACAAUUCAGAGCUUGUCAGGCCCAACACCUCCAGCCAGGCAGCAUCAGGGCUGUGCCAUGCAAGCAGCAGCCUCCCCAGACACCCUGGGCCAGCCCAGAUCCAACAGUGCACACAGAGACUACGGCAGGCACAAAACUCAGGCAGCCCCACGGUAAAAUGCCCAAGGAUCAACCGUGUGCCACUGCUGAGUGCUGAGACCAGCAGCCCCAGCACUUCCAGUCAGGCAGUGUCGGGGUUGUCCCAGAACACGUUUCCUGUCUGCUUUCCCUGCCCUCGGCAGUGCUUGAAGCGGCAGCGCCCGGAGCAGGACAACGAGUCCUGGACACCCUACAGCCCGCCAGCAAAACGCCGCAGGAUCUCCGAAGAGCCAGCCCAGAGCGCUCCAGCCAGCGGGCCCAGCACCUCCAGUCAGGCAUCGUGGCUGUACCGCAGCAUUUGGGUGGCCAGCAGAGCAGCAGCACAGUUACUACCGCUGUACAGGCCGUCUUGGCUCUUCCCCAGCUCCGUGAGGGAAAACCGCUCCCAGCUGGGGCCGGUUCGGAUGCGACACAUCUCACGGCGGCGGCGGCGGGCGAGGAAGCCCUACAGCCUGCCCAGAAACCACCGCAGGACCAGGUGUGCACCAGCCCCACGCGCUGGGCCCCCACCACCACCACAGAAACACAAGAAAAAAAGAAAAUAAAAGUUCGUUUGCACCGGGAGAGGCCACACUCCUUCCCCAGUCAUCUUGCAGCCUCCUGCAACUGAUGUCCCAGUUCAGGAAGGCACUCCAGCAUGUGUGGCCCCUCAGGGACUCAAACUGUCUCAUCGUGGCACUUGGUGUCAGGUGAAGCUUGUGGACUCAAAGUCCUGUAAAUACAUUGUAUUAGCAGCAGGUGACGCGCAAAAAUUCCACCUCCUCG